AUGGCAGAUGCUACCGCUACACUUAUUACCCAGGGGGUCACUGAUUUCGGCGACCUAUCACAAGCGGUCAUCAUGUCAACAUGCGAUGUCAGUGCUGAAGACAUCAAAUCGAACAUCGACCUCCUCCUCUCCGAACUCUAUAAGACUGCAUCAAGCGGUCUUGUCUUACAAGCCGGCCUGAAGGCGUUGCAUGAAGUGAGAAGUACAUGGAGGUUCAUGCAAAAGAACACUGACGAGCUCACACGGACCGGGUUCUAUAUGCAGCUCGUCGACCGCAUUUUGCAUGAUGCAUCCAUUUACGGUCCGAGACAACAACAUCAAGCCCUGGCGCUGCAGGAGUUGGUUUUCAACCUGAAUUUGGCUUUUACCCAGGACGAACCUACACCACUGAAUCUGAGGUUCCUUCGCCGAAGACUCGUCUGCCUCCUGGAUCAAUUUGACUCAGAAAUGCGAGGCAGAAGCACUGAUGGGCUCUCAGAAUCUAAGUCUCGCUACGCAAAUCUUUGUGCUUUCGCUAGCGCCCUGGUUCGCGAAGACGUGCAUAUAUUUGCAUGGGAAGACAUCAUGAGAACUGCUUUUCGCCGCGCCCAGCAAAAUGAGCCCUCAGAAGCAUCCACACAGAACGGAGGUGGAACGUCGCUAGAGACUUGGAAGGCAUACCUGAGCGGAGCUCAAGCCUGGGCCAAUUGCGACAUUUUACGCAAAAGUUUGCGAGAUGGGAGUAGUUCACGCGUAGAAUGGCAGCGGUGGCAACGUUUAUUCAUGGAAGCCGACAGCAUAACCACCGAUGGGGACCCGUCUAGGCAGUCGUUUUCGAAACCUUUAAGAGAGAUUCAGAUGGCAUUGGAUGAGGCACGAGGGCAUAAGAAGGACCGGCAUACCCGCGCAGCGUACGUGCCAAAAGCCCGAUUGCUCAGAAUUCCAGCAAGGACUUGA